AAGCAUGAUAAGCAGGUCCACUAGUCCCCGAAAUACUCGGACCGCUUGUUUCAUCACACCUAUGGGCGCUUAAUACCCGUGGGAACGAACACUCUGGUGGUGGGCAACGCCCACCACCACACAUAUAAGUAGUACUCAAAGUAAGUAUUGUGUAAAACCGUUAAACGGCAAUCUUCACUAUCAUAUUCCUGCUAUACUCUUUGACAUUCACUUCAUUUAUGAAAAAUGCUGCUGUUGGCCAGCAUUUGCUCUCAGGCGCACUCUCUGGGUUUGCAGGAGCCGUCUUGUUACAGCCUCUGGACCUCUUGAAGACCAGGAUUCAACAAGGAGAUUGUGCUUUGAAUGCCCGCAAUACGACUGUCAUAUGGCGUAUGACAAACGACAUUCUUCAGAACCAGGGCAUGAAAGGUCUAUGGACGGGCACGGGUGCCACGUUGGUUCGCAACGUUCCAGGAGUGGCACUCUACUUUACGAGCCUGACUUAUCUGCGCUCUAUCAUGGCAAAGUCCCCUUAUUUCUCUGCACACCAGCGGCACAAUCUCGACAGCUCUAAAACCGUCCUUCCAAAACUCUCCAGUCAGGGCAACCUCAUAGCAGGCGCGACCGCUCGAGUUGGAGUCGGCUUUAUUCUCAACCCAUUUUCUGUCAUGAAGGCGCGUUUCGAGAGUGAGCUGCAUGCAUACCGUAGUUUAUCAGGCUCACUUCUUUCCAUCGCCCGUAUGGGACCGUCCGAACUUCUCCGUGGAUUUGUUGCAUCGUCGCUGCGGGAUGCACCGUAUGCCGGUCUGUUUGUCGUCAUGUACGAGAGUAUCAAACGCGAGACGACGUACUUCCUCCCAACCGCAUAUGCAGCAGGCAUACAUAGCUUUUCAGCUGCCUCUGCAGGUGCCAUAGCCACAAUGGCGACACAUCCAUUUGACGUCAUAAAGACGAAAAUGCAAGUUCGCUCAGAGGAGAGAUACCGUGGCUUUGCCACUACCGUCAUGAGGAUUUGGAAGCAACGUGGUGCAGCGGGUUUCUUCGAUGGCGCAUCUCUCCGUAUGUCUAGGAAGAUUCUCAGCUCAGCAAUUGGCUGGGCUGUAUUUGAAGGAAUGCUGAUCUUCUUGCAAACAUGACGAAUUAUUCGUUCCAUACAAUGACAUCCACUGAUACCAUUCAAAUGCGAAUCUAUAAGCCAUCAAGAGUACUGCUGUUGGAUGAACUUCGCGAUCGUUUGCAGUUGAAUAUUUGACGUUCCCUCGUAGAUCGCACCCUGUAGGGCAUCAUGCUAAAUAAUAGACACCAUUCGAUCAGAGGGGUACUCACGAUCUUCGAGUCCCUCCAGAAU